UAAUGUUUUCGGGUUGUAUGAAAAAUUUUCGUUGAUAGUGCGUUGCAAAUCGACAAAAUGGCCAAAACCGGACCAGCACCAAUUGAUACUCAGGAAUUUCAGUUUAAAUUACACAGUCGCUUUAAAGUGUAUGAUUAUAAGGAUGGAGGAUCUUUUACCACCGCAUGCAAUUUAGUUGCAGCAGCAAGUCGAUAUGGGUUAAUAUUUUUUGGUUCAAAUGAUGCCUAUUUUGAAGUAAUUCAGCUGAAGACUAUUGAAGGUGCUAGUUUGAAAGAUGGUGAAAAUAAAAAUUAUGAGCGAAGAACAGUUUUUUUACCUUCACAUCCACACUUUCUGUCUGUUAAUUGUGAUAACACAAAACUUGCUGUUGUAGUUAAAAAGGAUGAUUGUCCAGUUUGUUUGUUCUAUGAUGUUUGUUCAUUUGUAAAAAAUGAUAUUUUAGUUGUGAACGAAGUAAGAUUGUCAGCCAGUCCCAAUGUUAGUAUCACUGAUGUCUCCUGGAAUCCAGCAAUACCAGGAAUAUUUUCUGCAUGCAAAAAUGAUGGAACAUUGGGUGUUUAUGAAUUCAAGGAGACUGGAAUUGAAAUAAAAGAGUUACCCAGUGAUGCACAUGCCACUUGUAUGUGUUGGAGUCCUAAAGGAAAACAGAUUGCAAUAGGAGAUCAAAUGGGAAAAAUAACACAAUAUAAACCAGACCUGAAGGCAGCCAGGAUAAUUGAAGCUCCUAAUUUAAACUGUGUUCAUACAGUAGUUAGCCUUCAGUGGAUAUCUAAUUUUCAGUUCAUGGCCAUGUAUAAGCCUGUAGAACCUGAUUCCCAGUCAUUGUUAAUGGUAGUGGAUGCACCUAAAGCUGAACCAAUUUCUUACACAAAUUAUGAAGAUAUUUGUUAUAGUAAUGGGACAACAAGACCUUCACAGUUUUAUAUGAUACAUAUUUCUCAAUGGAAUGUUGUAAUGGUUUCAUCAUCAAAUAGUAUGGAAAUAGGUGUGAUGGGUUUUGAAAAGAAUCAUUGGAUUCAAUGGCUUUUGGACGAUUCUAGUCGAGCAGAGCUACCUUUAAGCAGUAACCGCCAAGAUACUCUUCCAGUAGGCAUGGUUUUAGAUACAGGGUCUACCGAACCUGUAAUAUUUGGAGAAAACACAUUACCUCCAGCGCCUUAUUUGUUUCUUAUGUCACAUCACGGACUAGUGGUAUGCUUUAAAGUGUUGAACCUGAAAACAGGGGCACCUACUCUCUGUUCUCCACCUGACAAUUUACCCGAUUUAUCUGGACUUCAUCAUUUUAAACAAACGUCUACUACUGUGCCUACUUCUAUAAUUCAAACAAAACCAAAAAAGGAGAUCGCUCCAGGUAUUACUACGGUAAUACAAACUCCAUUUAGUUUCACUCCCAGUGUUACGUCUGGUAUUCCGGCUAGUUCUGUUAUUACAACACCUUUCAUAUUUUCCCCACAAAAUCAAAUUACAGUUAAAGAUCAUACAGAAACUGCACGUACAGCUUUUGAAAAACCUGUUCUACCUACUUUUACAGAAAAUACUGUAACCAUUAAAAAAGUAGAGCCUCUAGUUCAGCAAUCAUUAUUUAAUAUUCAAAAACCACAAGGACCUUUUACUCCACCACUGACAGGUGCAGAAAGUGUUUUAAAAUCUCAGAAUAGCUUAAGUAUUGGUCAAACUUCAGGACUUUUUGGAAAUUCUACUUUUGUACCAGCUCCUAAAUUUCAAGAGAGCAGUUCUCAGGUUAAGGAUACUGUAACUUCUAAAUGUGCAACGCCUCCCACAGCGAUUUCUAAAACGACAUCGAUUUCUAGAAAGUCUGGUGAAAUUAAACAAGACAAAGUUCCACCAACUGAUAAAAUAAUAGUAGAAAAUGUAUACGAAUCACAAGAAGAUACAGAAGCUCUUGUUGGAAAAAUGGUUAGAGAAGAAUGCGAAUUUUUGGAGGCAGAAUUGAAAGUUUUACUUCAUAGGGCACGCCAAAUAAAAGUCAAUCUGGGAACGGAAGACGAAAUCGCGCGUAUGUUACAACAGACAGAUUCGUUGCAUGAAUUUGUUUCAGAAGUAACAGAGAAUACUGCUUCUCAAGCAGCCGAAGUACAUCACUUGAAGCAGUUGGUUAUUCAAGGCUGGAUUUGGUAUGAAGAAGCCCAGUCGCGUUUUGCAGCCUCAAAGGACCCUACAAUGAACCUUCUUCAGCGUUCACAACCUUUAGACCCGGCUUCAAAAAAGCAAUUAGAUGACAUUCGCCAACUAUUAUACUAUUUAGAAACACAGUUAGUACAGGCUAGUGGAGCUCUAGAUGAAAGAUGGGAAACAUUUCAAGAUUCCUGUCGAAAAACGUUGAGACUAAGAAUACCUACUUUAGAAAACGUUUUUCAAACUAUGGUUAAACAAAAUGGAACUCUAAUGAAACAGAAAUACAUAUUAAAAGACAUCGCUAAUAGAAUCCAUUCCUUUCGUAGUAAAAGUAAAGGCUCUGCUCUUUUGCUCUCUCUGGAUAAUGUGGAGACAUUAAAAAAUCAAUUAGAAACUUUGCAACUUCAACCCCAUAGUUUGCAAGAAAUGCAGUACGAAAGAAUUGUGAGGAAGCAAGAAAACUUUACCGCCUCCAAAAUUGAAAAAUUGAAAAAUCAUCUGAAAAGUCAAAAAGUAGCCCAUGUAGCUGUUAAUAAGCCACAAUUGUCUGGAUCAUUUAUGCAAACCUUAAUGGAACGAAGUACAAAUGAAAAACAGAAGGCAGAAGUGUGUAGGACUUUGUUUCCUGAAAAGGUGACGACACUUCUAGGUGCUGGAGUUUCUCCCAUUCCAGCUGAAAAAGAGGCUCCCGUAAACUACUCUCCAAUUCAGUCGACACCUAAAAUGGAUCCAGCCACGCUCCGGGCCAAAGUCAUUCCAACGGCUCAAUUAAUCUUCUCACCCGUCACAAAAUCUACAGAUUUGCAGACGUCAACAUUUAAAUUUUCAACAACGAAACCACCCUCAGAACAAAUAAUCAGUGGCUUCAAAUUAGCUUCAGACAAAGGUUUUUCAACAUUCAAUACAACCACAACUGUUAAUAACAUCACUGUCCCAACUACAAAUAAGGUGUUUGUUGAGAGUUCUCAAGCCACAUCGAAAUCUAACAAUGUCCCGCCGAUAGCUCAAAGUUCGAAAAUAAUUACGUUUGGAGCUCCAUCGUUUUCAUCAACAACAACAAGUAUUACUAGUUUGGGAAAUGUCCCUUUGUUCGUUUCUUCUGCCCCUAUGUCUUCUGGAAUUUUUAUAUUACCUAAAACUACUUCAGCAGUUAGCGAAACUAAAUCCGGAACAGAGUCGAAGAAAGAGGUUAUUCUUCCUUUCACUUCAAAGCCGGCUUCAUUGUCUGGUUUCACAUUUGGCAGUGCUUUUGCACCCACCACCGACAGCGCAAACGUAUUUACUGCAAAAGGUGGAUCUCUAUUUGGCUCUACAAGUAUAACACCCAUACAACCUCCAAAAACAACAAUUAGUGCUAAUGCUGCUUCUGCCACCACUACUACAACUACAGGAUUUAAUUUCACUAUUACGCCUAAAUCUUCUUGUGUAAUUCCAUCGAGUGAAGCAAAUAAAACUCCUGUGUCUUUAAUUCCAUCUAAUGCGUCUACUUCGACAGGAAUCAGUUUUAAUGUCCCUGCUUUUAGUUUACAAUCCCCUGCUAGUACAACAAAUAAAUCUUCUGACACACCCGAAAUGUCUAAACCAUUUCAAAUAUCAAGCUCACUAACCAAAUCUGAGCCUGUGACCACUUCUAGCGCUUUUACCCAGCCGUUUUCUUUUUCUUCUCCUAAUUUGGGUAACGUAUUCACUAGCAAGACCACUUCAUCAACGGAAACCACGUCGUCUUCCCUAGGAUCGGGGCUACUUGAAGUUAAUGCGAGUUUGCCUGUUUCUUCAAUAGAAGCUCCUGAAACUGCAAUUGUGCCAAUUAAUGAGGUCUCAACAUCUACUGUCACGUUAAAUAUAGGCGAAGAAAAGAAAAUACAAUCUACAGUGUUUGGUGGGACAGUUACGUCGGUAACUGAUUCAUUAACAAAAAGCAUAGCUGCAGUUGAAAAACCAGAAACAGUUGUGUCUUCUUCCAUGCUAAAUAAUUCCAUGAUUGUCAGUUCAAGCCAAGACUUCACAUCAAAAGCACUUACAGUUACCACUUCGACCCCUUCGUUGCUAACUCCAGCAUCAUCUGCUCCCCAACCGAUAACGUUUGGUGUUAUUGAAACAUCUUCUCCAAUAACAGCAUCAACACCAUAUAAAGCUGUAUCAUCUGUAAUUGAGAGCUCAAAAGAUACUGUAUCAGCACUUUCACAAACGUCUCAGUCAUCUGGAUUUGCAACUCAGUCACCAACACCAACUCCAGCUUUUGGUUCGAUGCUGGCAUUUGAUUCUAAACCUCUCUUUGGAACAACUGCUGCUACAACAGCUACUACUCAAACUACAUCAUCAAAUGUGUUUGGAACUACAUUUGGAAAUGCUCAGGCGCCUUUCGGCGCCUCAGUUACUAGCAGUGGUGGUGGUGGUAGUAACAUUUUUGGUGGAGUUCCUGCUACAACCAGUACUAGUUUCACAACGAACGGGUCAAUAUUUGGAGCACAAACAGCUAAUGCCACAAGUCCAUUUGCGGUUAGUAGUACAACGCAAAGCAUUUUUGGCACACCAGCUUCUGUGCAACCCGUUUUUGGAUCGCCUGCCACCACUCAAUCUAUUUUUGGUUCAUCAAACACUCCUACAGGAAACAUUUUUGGAACAACAACGAAUACACAGAGUGUUUUUGGUACAGCAGCCCCAGUAACAACACAAAAUGCUUUUGGAACACCUACAUCAAGUAUAUUUGGAGGAUCAAGUGGCUUUGGUAGUGGAACGACCCCUGUUAGUAUAACUCCGAGCGUUUUUGGAACUCCAUCAUCAACCCAAAGUGUGUUCGGGACUUCUGCUCCUGUCGCUUCACAAUCGUCCUUUAAUUUUGCUUCAGCUGCUGCUAAUAUACCCAGUACUACUUCGGCAUUCGGAUUUGCUCAAAAGCCGGUUUUUGAAAGUAAUUUUGGAAGUACGAAUACUACUGCUAAUGCCAAUUCGUUUAGUUUUGGAAAUGUGAAUUUAGGAACAACCACUUCAACUAGUGGCUUUGGUUCGCCAGCUUUUGGACAAACCCAGAAUCCAUUUGCAGCCAAACCCACUGAACAAAAACCUGUUUUUGGUGGUGGUGGCAGCUUAUUUGGAAAACCGGCUGCAACUACGGCCACAUCUUCAAUUUUUGGCGGGGGAAGCUCGUCUACAGCAUUCGGCUCAUCUGGUUUUAAUCAGCCGCAAUCGUCUAAUUUUGGUUCAAGUUCAGCUUUUGGUCAACCCGCAUUUGGCCAAAGUACUUUCGGUAGCAGCAACUUUGGGGGAAGUCCUCAACCGACUGGUGCAUUUAGUGGUGGUACGAGUGGCUCGGUAGGUCAGACCGGUUUUGGUUUUAAUCAACAAGCAAAGCCAGCAUUUGGAAGUGGUCCCGUUUUUGGUUCACCUCCUGCUUUCGGUGGAGCCCCCACGUUUGGUAGCUCACCCGUUUUCGGGGGAUCUCCCGGUUUUGGUGGUACUUCUAAAGUUUUUGGAUUGACUUCGCCUACUCCGGGAUUUGGAUCGACAACUCAGCAAAAUCCAACAUUUGCCAACAUGGCCAAUCAAAAUAUUGGAUUUGGAGCUUUAGCCCAGAUGAGUUCUACAACAUCCACGGCUCCCAGUUUUUCAGGAGGAUCUUCGUUUUCAUCUUGGCGUUAAACUGGAUAAUUAUCAAAAAGGUAAAUAAUAAUUUUUCAUUUUCCUCGAGAGUUUGUGUAAAUAAUUACCAAUUAAUUAAUAAAAUGUUGCAUUGAAAGUCA